GCUGGUGCAGCGGCGGUUUGGAGUGAGGGUAGCACGUUGAGCCGAGGGCUGUGCAGAGCUCCGUGGCACAGGGCCUGGUGUUGAAUCCUGUGUCUGGUGGGAAUCCUGGGCCGGGCUAAGUCUGGGUCCCCGGGGUAUGGAUCUCGUGUGGAGUGCGUGGUACGGAAAGCGUGUCAAAGGGAAAGGGUCAUCGCCACUCUGGACCCACAGCAUCGUGGUCGCCUGGCUCAGCAGGGCCGAGUGGGACCAGGUGACGGUUUAUCUUUUCUGUGACGACCAUAAGUUGCAGAGGGACGCGCUGAACCGUAUCACCGUGUGGAGGAGCAGGUUAGGCAACGAACUCCCCCUGGCAGUGGCUUCUACUGCUGACCUGAUACGCUGUAAGCUCAUGGAUGUAACUGGUGGCUUGGGCACUGAUGAACUUAGACUGCUCUAUGGCAUGGCAUUGGUCAGGUUUGUGAACCUUAUCUCUGAGAGGAAGACAAAGUUUCCCAAGCUCCCCCUCAAGUGUCUGGCUCAGGAGGUGAACAUUCCAGAUUGGAUCGUUGAACUUCGCCAUGAGUUGACCCACAAGAAAAUGCCCCAUAUAAAUGACUGCCGCCGAGGCUGCUACUUUGUCCUGGAUUGGCUCCAGAAGACCUACUGGUGCCGCCAACUGGAGAAUAGCCUGAGAGAGACCUGGGAAUUGGAGGAGGACAGGGAAGAGACGGAUGAAGAGGACCAAGAGGAAGAUAAGAAAAUUGUUGUUGAUGAUGUCACAGAACAGAAACCAGAGCCUCAGGACUGUGGGAAAUGUGGAGAGUCAGAUGUCAGGGCUGAUGGAGACAGCAAAGGCAGCGAAGAGCUGGAUUCUCAUUGCCAAAAGGCUCUGAGACAUAAAGAACUAUAUGAAAGAGCCCGAGAACUGCUGGUGUCCUAUGAAGAGGAACAGUUUAAGGUGCUGGAGAAAUUUAGGCAUUUACCUCAGGCCAUUAAGGCAUGGAAUAACUCGUCCCCACGUGUAGAAUGCAUCCUGGCAGAGCUCAAAGGCAUUACAUGGGAGAACAGGGAGGCUGUGCUGGAUGCUUUUCUGGAUGAUGGCUUUCUCGUUCCCACAUUUGAGCAGUUGGCAGCUUUGCAGAUAGACUAUGAAGAUGAUCAGACUGAGGUCCAGAGAGGGGAAAGUACUGGCCCAAAGUCACACAAAAACGUGGACUUGAAUGACAUCUUGGUGCCAAAGCCGUUCUCUCAGUUCUGGCAGCCCCUGCUUAGGGGCCUGCACUCCCAGACCUUCACGCAGGCCCUGCUGGAGAGGAUGCUCUCUGAGCUGCCAGCUUUGGGGGACAGCGGGAUCCGGCCCACCUACAUCCUCAGAUGGACCGUUGAACUGAUCGUGGCCAACACCAAGACUGGACGGAAUGCUCGCCGAUUUUCUGCAAGCCAGUGGGAAGCAAGAAGGAGCUGGAGGCUGUUCAAUUGCUCCAUCUCCCUUGACUGGCCCCAGGUGGUUGAGUCCUGCUUAGGCUCACCUUGCUGGGCCACCCCCCAACUCCUUCAGCUCAUCUUCAAAGCCAUGGGGCAGGUCCUGCCAGACAAGGAGCAGGAAAAGCUGCUGCGCAUAUGUUCCAUUUAUACCCAGAGUGGAGAAAACAGCUUGGUGCAGGAGGGCUCCCAGGCCUCCACCAUUGGGAAGUCUCCAUAUACACUAGACAGCCUGUACUGGACCUUCAAACCAGCCAGCUCCAGCUUUGGGUCUGAAGGAAAGGUCCAGCAGCAGGAGGAGCAGGGUAGUAUUAAUGAUGUCAAAGAAGAGGAGAAGCAGGAGAAAGAGGUCUUGCAAGACCAGGUGGAAGAGGAGGAAGAGGAGGAUGAAGAAAAUGAUGACCAGGAGGAGGAAGAGGAGGAAGAAGAAGAUGAAGAUGAUGACGAAGAAGACAGAAUGGAAGUGGGACAUUUCUCUGUGGGACAGGAGUCCCCCACUACUGAGAAUGCCAGGGUCCUGGCCCAGAAAAGAGGAGCUUUGCAGGGCUCUGCGUGGCAGGUUAGCUCAGAAGAUGUGCGAUGGGAUACAUGCCCCCUAGGCCGAAUGCCAGGUCAGACCGAGGACCCAGCAGAACUCAUGCUGGAGAAUUAUGACACCAUGUAUCUUUUGGACCAACCUGUGCUAGAGCAGCGGCUGGAACCCCCAAUGUGCAAGACUGGCACCCUGGGCCUGAGCUGUGGUGUCAGCAGUGGCAACUGCAGCAACAGCAGCAACAGCAACUUCGAGGGCCUUCUCUGGAGCCAGGGACAGCUGCAUGGGCUCAAAACUGGCUUGCAGCUCUUCUGAUGCCAGCCCUGGUGCAAGUGUUCAUCCACCCUGCCAGGGCAACAGCCCACCCUCCAGUGCACCUAUUGCUCCCUGAGACAGCCUGUGAGAUAACCUGGAUCAGCCACAUCAACUCAGCUUUCCACCACAGGGGAAUUUUAAAUGUCUUUUUUGUUUUGUUUUGAAAAACAAUAAACAGGCAACUUUA